AUGGCCCCGAUUGCUGUUGGUGAUGUUUUGCCUGACGGAAAGCUCGCUUAUUUUGACGAGCAAGAUCAGCUCCAGGAAGUGUCUGUACACUCCCUCGCUGCCGGCAAAAAAGUCAUCCUCUUUGGUGUUCCCGGUGCCUUCACCCCUACUUGCAGCUUGAAGCAUGUGCCGGGGUUUAUUGAAAAAGCAGAGGAGCUUAAAUCAAAGGGCGUUGCUGAAAUUUUGUGCAUCAGCGUCAACGACCCUUUUGUGAUGAAGGCAUGGUCCAAAACUUACCCUGAGAAUAAGCAUGUCAAGUUCCUAGCUGAUGGGUCUGCAACUUACACCCAUGCUCUUGGCCUUGAGCUUGACCUGCAAGAGAAAGGACUUGGCACUCGUUCUAGGAGGUUUGCACUCUUGGUUGAUGACCUCAAGGUGAAAGCUGCAAAUAUUGAAGGUGGGGGAGAAUUCACUGUGUCCAGUGCUGAUGAUAUCCUCAAGCAUCUUUAA